AUGUUCUGGCGAAUGACCGGGCUGUCCACGGCCUCUCCCGUAAGUGCCUCUUAAGGUCGUCAGGAUUCUCCUCGUCUUGCUUGUCCAUUGGUUUUUGCCAUUAGUUGGCUGCCCAACCUUUGUCGAGUAUUGUCGUCUUUGUUUCUGAAUCUUCACGUCUUCGCCUUCUGGAAAUGGUCGAAGUAGAUGGAAUUCUAGAGUGUCCCCAUUUCCAUGGUUUCGACGUAGUCUGUGGCGAGGCUGAUCAUGGGUUGCUGUUGUGAAAUAAGUGGGGGCUACAGUUGGUGCUUUUGGAAAAUUCAAGCUUUUAAACUACGUGGCGAGAUGUGCUCCAUUUAUCUUGGUCUUCAUUUGCCAUGAUACAGAGAAAUAUACUUCUUGCCGUGUCACCUGUCUUGUCUUUCAUUUUAGGUUCAAAUGAUAGGAUGGAGUCCCGUUAUAUAUUGCCUACUAAAAGAAACUGGGAAAGUUUUUGUAUGCUUACACGCGCAAAAGAUGCAUCGUGCUGUCUGGAAGAUAAAUUUCAUGAUUUUUAAUGUUGAUUUCUGUUUGAAUAAGUAGCGUUUUACGGUUCGUCCAAUGUCUCUUAGUUCGUCCGCUUGAUUAUGCCUUUCAUAAAGUUGAAUUAGACUCUGUUUUCAUAUCUGGCCAGGUUUUAUAUUAUUUAUAGUGAAUUUUACAGCUAUUUCAGCAUAUUGCAUGGUACCAUUGGAUUUUUUUCCUCUCCCUGUAAGCUUUCAAUUUACUGAAAAUUGAAAAUCCGGAACCUAGAAUCUUAUUGGUUUUUUGUUGACAUAAAAGAUCGGUCACUUUCCCCCAUUAAAUGCCAUUAAUCUGCGAUCUCUUAUUUAUAUCUAUUCGUGGGUUUUAGACUGAAUUUCAUCUGACGGAAUCCUCAUUCAAUUGAGGUUUGUGACUCUGAACUUGUGAAUUGGCUGUCGGUUCGUUAGUUUUUUGCAUGAAGCAUGUGCUCCUCUGCUGAAUUUGCAUUAAUGAGUUGGACAUGAAAACGUAUUAGUCAUUUAAUUCGUCAAAUAUGAAAACGUAUUUGCAUUUUCUAACAACAUAUGUUGGAAGACGUUGUGCCGAGUUGAUGUCCAAGACAAACUAUUUAUACGCUGUUGUUUUAUGGCUUGUUUUUUCAUAUUACUUAUGAGUUCUCUAAAUGAGAGAAGAAGGGUUAGCUGAGUGUUGAGGAGCAGAAGAGAUGUUGAACAUUGGGCACUAUCUUAUUAGUUCGAAAGCCUAAAUGUUGUUUGAUUGUUGAUAUAGACUUGACAGAUGUAUCAGACUUUGUCGUCAAGUCAUCGGUCUCCUGAAAGAAGUCAAAGAUGGGGAUGCCUUUUUUUAAUGUUAUCGAUAUUAUUGCUUUGCUUUACUAUUUUUAUAGUCAUCAAGUGUAUGUUCCUCAUCAAUGAUGGGUUUGUUCACAGAUAGAUAUUCUAAUACGUUGAAACAUCUGUCUAGGUCUAUUUGUAGUGUGGAAGAUGACAGUUUAAAGUAGAUUUUAGAUCUCAGUAGCUUCGUGUCAGAUGAACACCUCGUACAUGGAUAUGAACUCUGUUAGAACUACCUAGGCAUGGAUUUCCACAUGCAUAUGCAAUAGAGUAGGACGCAAUAUACUACCCACGACAUAUUAUCUUUAAUGAGCUAAUGUAAAAUAUGCUGAUCUGCAUGUAAAUUCUUCACCAAAUGAUUCGAUCAUCAAUGGGCUUAUGCAAACUGACACAGUUGCUACAUUGCUUGUUAUUUUGAUUCAUUACUCCAAGAUCCCUGAUUUGUCAUGUUACUAAAUCUAAGGGGAAGGUUUCAUGUCUGUUGAUAUCUCGAAUGCUGAAACUUAACUGUAGAUAGAUUACUGUUGUGUACUUCAUGCAAAAUGCCAUACGAUUUUUUUGUACGGCAUAGUGAUGAAGCCAUGUUCUAGAAAACUCCGACAACGAGAAGUUAUUUUUUUUUCCCUGGUUCAUUGUGUAGUUUUGCCAAAAUUAUUUUUACGAGGUGUUGAUGUCAUGAUGCUCUCACCACUUAUUUCAGGUGGACUCUAUCUUGGACAAAGAAAAUUACACCUUAGAGGAGCUGCUGGAUGAAGAUGAGAUAAUUCAAGAAUGCAAAGCCCUAAAUACUCGCCUUAUAAACUUGUAAUUGAUUAUACUUUCCACUUGUCCCUCAAAGUGAUAGCUUUACCUAUUUUUUUGUUUGUGGUGCAUUUUAUCUAGGUUGAAAGACACAUAAGACAUGAUGUCAUUCUAACUAUUUUCUACCCUUUUUAAUUAAAUCAACCAAUUUAUGAGCAAUUUUUUUCUGCCGAGAACCUGGAAUUGGAUAGGUACAUGCUUUACCUGUAUCACGGAUGAAAAUUAUUUAUCAUCUGUGACGCAGAACAUUACAUUUUUUCUACCCAGGUAUAUUAUAUGUAAAUUAUAUGUGACUGUAAAACUAAAUAAAAUAUUGCUGAACUGAUACUAAACAGGGUAGUAUAGCAUCUGGUUAAAGAUGCUGAAUGCAGUGCUUUUGAAGACCUGUAUAUCCAUUUCUCAUUCCAAUGUCAUAAUGAAAAAUCAGAAAUGGCUGCCUUGACUAUGAGGGCAGCAAUGUCUGUGAUGCAGCCACAUAUGAUUCGGCGAUGUAGAUCUGGUUGACGACCACCUGGAGCAUAUGAUUUUUUGGACUUGUAAUUAUGAAACAUAAGUGAAGGGGACAAAUGAUUUAAAACUUUUUCAUUUUUAUUUCUAGCAGCUUAAGUCCAAUUACACUUAAUCCAAAAGUCUCAGACAUAUGACCAUAUUGACACCCGCAAAUGAUUGAACCCCCUAUUGAUGGUUUCCGAUUGUUUUGUUCCACCGAGUUUUUUUUUACUUCUGCACGAACCUGCUGCUUGGACAGCAUAAUGACACUUAAUUUCCUUAUUUUUAUUGUCGUAUGAAUAGAUGGGUUACUUGUUAUUUUAAAACUCGUCUUUCCUUUCUUUUCUCUCCUCAUGUUUGACCUCUUGUCGUAUCCAUUAUUAAUGUUUAUUUUCAGACCAUUCAUAUCUUGAGAUCUCUCUUUUUGCGAGUUCGUGGUUAUUCACCAAUGCCUUAUGCAUUUCCCCUGCUUGUGCAAUAAUAGGCACUGUCCUGCAGGAGUAGUUCUUCUGGUGAUUAUCGGUUUUGUUGAACAUUCAAAAACUUCUUUACUCAUCAGAAUGGAUUUAGUAUUUUAUUUAGUAUUGAAUUGUUCUAUACAUAACCUCAUAUAGGUGAUGGCUUGCCGAAUCUUCAUUUGAUAUUGUUGUAACCGACGUUGUUACAGUUAGCUCAAAGUAGUUUUCUUUCACAUUUUCCUGUGAUGACGGAUUAUUUGGUUGCAAUCCUUAUGACACAGCUUGCGGGAAAGGACUCAGGUCGAAAAGUUGCUUCGAUAUAUUGUGGAGGAAGCGCCUGAUGAUGCUGAAAAGAAGCAUUCUUUCAAGUAAUCUCUAUUUAUGUAUUACAUGACAUUUUUGCUGUGGAGCUCUUUUACUAUGAAGUGAUGUUGACGCCCAUUCUUGUGUUGUGAUGUUGUCCUGCAGGUUUCCCUUUAUUUCUUGUGAAAUUUUUACCUGUGAGGUCGACAUUAUACUGAAAACCUUAGUAGAAGAUGAUGAGGUCUGUUUGCUACUCAAUAUUAUUACAUGAUUUUUUUUUGAAUUUUCUCUUAUUCUAUGCCAUGAUGUUCCAGUGGUGAUGGUUGACACCUAAAUGUGAAAUAAGGCAUUUAACCUGCUUUUGUCAUUCUUGUUUCUUGAUGCUGUGCAGUUGAUGAAUCUUUUAUUCUCCUUUCUAAUGCCUGGCCAUUCCCACAGUACGUUGCUGGCUGGUUAUUUUAGCAAGGUAUCCUGGUUCCUUUGUAGCCAUAAUGCUGUGUAAUCAUAAAUAUUUGAAUUAGAGUGUAACAGGAAAGUUAGCAGUAGCACAUCAUUCCAUUUUCUGUUCUACGCUAUACUAAUUCACAGAGGUUUUUUUUGAGGGUUCACAUUUGCCACACCUGUACAUUUUCUUUUUCUCAAUUAAAGAUCAUGUUUCACCAUCCAUUUUGGUAGAAGGCAGACUAAAUUUUUGGAGCACUGCUUAUUUUGCAGGAUAAGUUUGUUCUGAUGGUGCCUUUUCUUUUUCUCUCCUUGUUAGGUUGUUAUUUGCCUGAUGUUGCGGAAAACUGUUCUUCUCAUGAAUUAUGUUCAAGUAAGUGUUAUUUUCUGUUGGUUCACUGUAUGGUUAUAAGUCUAAAGCAUUUUUCGGUGAAAAAUGUCCUUACAAAUCAGUGGUUUUGAACACAUUUCCUGGCCUAAUUUUUUAGUGAAAACUCAUGAAAGGGUGGGUUUGAGUGAAAAUCAAAAGUGUUUAUAAAGUAGAAAAGUGAGAGCGAAUUCCAUAAUUUCUGCUAGGUUUUGUUUACCAUGGGAUGCUUUCUUUUUAUUAAUGUUUGGCAUUCAAUAAAGGAUGUAACCAUCCACAAGAGUGGAAUUAUUUCGCAUUGUUAGGAAUUGAUCACCAAAUCUAUUUUUUUCUUCAAUUCUUAGUGCUCCCAUUAGAAGCUCUUAUUUACUUUUUUUAAAGGUGUAAUUGAAUCUAAUGCAAAUAAUAUGGUUUGCGUACAUAUACUGUACUUAUCUUAUUGUGCUUUUUAUUUCAUCUAGAUAUACAUUUUGACAUCCAAUUUUUUGUUUCAAACUCUUGACACUUUAUUGUUCAUUUACUAGGGCCAUCAAGAGAUAUUUCCCCGACUUGUUGAUCUUAUUGGGAUUACGUCCAUCAUGGAGGUUAGUGACGCUUUCCUUCAUCUGGAGCUCAGAAUUUUGCCUAAUUUACGAAAGCUAGUUGGGCUGUGAUUUUUUUGUCACUGUCAUCAGAAAAAUCUUAUUUUGAAGUCUGUCUCCGCCCUGUUUUUUUAAAAAGACUGUUGGAUUGUUCUGAUCAUGUAAAUUUUGUCAUUAUUUCCUUUUUGAAAAGGUUGUUUUGUCCUAUGAACUCUGCAGUUUGGUAACCAAAUGGCAAUAUUUUUCCUAUAGGUUCUGAUUCGGUUAAUUGGUGCUGAUGAACAUAUGUAUUCCAACUAUAUGGAUGCAAUGCAAUGGUUAGAGAGCACAGAUGUGUUGGAGAUGAUUGUUGAUAAGUUCAGCUCAUCGGUGAGUGUUACUGGCAUUCCUUCUGAUUCAGUCUUAGUCUAAUUUUUUGUUUCAUUUCGAUUUGCUUUAAUGUGAUGAUUUUAUCGAACAAACGUUAUCGUUUAUUAUGCUACUCGUAGUUGGGGCUAUCCACUGCAAACGAAUGUUAUUUUAACAUAUUAUGAACAAUAAAUGUUCUGAUGCGGGUAUUAUUAGCAAUUUCUUCCAUGUAAAUCUGUAGGAUUUGUAGAAACUUAGACUCCAAAGGUUCACAGUGGAAAUCUGAAAAGAUGUACAUCAGCAUCUAUUUUAUUUUAAUAUAGAACAGUUGCAGCAACCCUUCCAAAGCAAAACCUGUUAUUGUCCCGCUGAAAAAAGGCUCACAAACAUUAACUUUUGCAAUUUUUCUUAUACUGUGGAAACAAAGGUUAUUAUUUGCCAAGGCUUGGCUUAGGAAGUUAAGCUAUGGUAGGAGGACGAGGUGAUUGUUCAGCUCGUCGUUGAGCAGGCAAGGAAGGGCAUGACUUGGUGACGCUGUCAAUAUACUGAGACUGCAGGUUGAAACAUUCUUAGAAUUUAUGUCCAGCUUGGCCAUUCUUAAAUGCCAUAUUCUUUGUCUUCAAUCAUAUUGUCUGCGUUACGUAGUAAUGCUCUUGUUUGGGAGCUAUGCUCCAGAUAUUUUAGUUAUUAAUGAAACAUAAUGCUCUUGUUUUGGAUUUAAUGCUCUAGAUCCAUUAGUCAUUACUUAAAUAUCAUGAUCCUUUUCAUCAUUAUAUAUUUUUGGAAAAAUAAAUAAAAUAUUUAUCUUGUUGGUAACUGCCUGUAGGAUUGUCCUGAAGUACAUGCAAAUGCGGCAGAAACUUUGUGUGCCAUAACUCGCUACGCCCCUCCGGGGCUUGCUGCGAAAAUUUCUAGCCCGAGGUGCUUUUCUUUUAUAUGUGAUGCAUAUUAGCUCGUUUUGCUACACCCAGCCAUUUAUAUUCAUGAAUUUCUAGUAACUAUUAUUUAACCAUGUUUCAGCUUUGUGGGGAGGUUGUUUCGUCAUGCAUUGGAAGGAUCAAGACCAAAAUCGGUAUUGGUUCAUUCAUUGACUGUGUGCAUUUCACUGGUAGACCCUAAGAGGUUAUUAUCAACGUCGUAUCAUUCAUAUCGAAAUUAUAUGAGUUACGGAUCAUCAGUAUCUGCUAAUCCGGAGAUGGUUGAUGGCAUGCUUGAGAAUAUUGGUAGGUUCUUGCUUCACUCAUUAUUUCCUGCUUUGCUGUAUUGCUGUUGCUUACGUUCAUGCUAUGGCUUUCUAUCAUCUGUUUUUGAUUUCUUAUUUCCUACUGGCCGAAAGCCAUUUUCUCGUAUUUUUAUUAUACAUGCUGGUAACCAUCUAUUUUUUUCAUCCUCUAUGAUGACACAUUGAACCGUAAUUGAAAUGCAGUAAUUUAUUGAGCAUGUAUUACAUGCUAAGGAAUUGCUUAUUCUGAGACGAUUUUGGAGGCACUGGAAGAGGUUCAAGAUCGCUUUUGAAGAUCAGGUGUCUCAUGGAAGCAGAGAUCGUAGUCUUGGGCCUGGAUUUUCUGACUAGAUUGAGAUCACGAUUUUUCCUAUAUCCUUGAUUGAGUGGAAUCUGAUAAAAAAAAAACUGUUAAGUGAAGUAUACGCUAGAAAUAGGAAAACAAUAACUAGACUCGCUAAAUUAAAGCUCUUCAGGCCUUGCAAUAUUUGAGUCCUUCCACUUUGCAAGCUUUUGGUUCCUUCUGGGUUACACAUCUGGACUUUUCCUCGAGUCAACCUAUGGGGUUUUCUGGACUGUGCCAUUUGGGAUCUUCAUAGCUUCCCCUCCUAUUCUACAUCUUGAGCCAUUUAAUUUGAUGAAAGUAGUUAAACAUCACUUUUUUUUUUUUCAUAUAUAUGUUUGUGUAGAAGAGACAUCGUUAUAGAAUCAAAAGUUCUUGCCAUCCCAUGUGAUAUACAUUAUGUCAUUAAUAAUGUUGUCUCAACAUCUUGGUCCAUUGGCAGGUCUAUUUGUGUUUACAAAAGUCAUCCUGUUUUAUUUUUAAGUAGUUUAUUUAAUUACUGAUCUCUUGUUGGCUAUUCCCUUUUGGAUAAUAAGUGGAUCAUUUCUUUUCUUUCGAGGGCAGUACUUAGGAAACUUUUACGAUCUUCUCAUAUGCCAGGUGAACUGCUGAAGUUGUUGGAUAUUUCUUCUCCUGAAAGUGUUUUACCUACUACGUAUGGAAGCUUGCAACCUCCUCUAGGAAAGCACCGCUUGAAGGUACCUAUCUCAUACAGUUUACCUGAAUGAAGUACAUGGCUAUUCAUUGAUUACUGGAAGUUUUUACCUGAUAAUAGUUGGAUAGUUUCUCUAGUUAAAAGUGGAUUAUGGCAUCUUCUGUUAGGAAUCAUGUUUUCUUUUUAAAAGAAAAACAUGAUUCCUAACACGCGUGAUUCUAACUUUGGUUGAUGUUAUGUAUUAUGUGUCCAAAAGAUUAAUACCUGAACUGAAUCUAAAAAAGGAUUCGGAUUAUUUCGUUGUAAAACAAAGUGUUUUAGAAAUAAAUCUCCUGCUGCAUUUCUGUAAUAAUUAUUAAUCAUCAUGUUAUACGGUUGCAUCGGGGUACAGUCUUCUAGGCUUAAUCUAAUGGUUUUUUCUAGGUCUCUUGGAAAUGGUCAUUUCCUUGUACGGGGAAGUUAACAGUUAUGGAAUCUUGUUCUGUACGUUUUUUCAGGUUGUUGAGUUCAUAGCUGUUUUAUUGACGACCGGCAGUGAAGCUGCUGAGAAGGCGUUGAUUGACUUAGGAGCCAUCAAAUGCAUCCUGGAUUUGUUUUUUGAGUAAGUUACUCUAUUUUUCUGGUAAAAUUCCUUUGAUUGAGUUCCAGUCUAUUACAAUAUACGUCUGGUGAUGAUUGUAGGUACCCAUUUAACAACUUUUUGCAUCACCAUGUGGAGAACAUUAUAGUCUCUUGUUUAGAGAGCAAGAGAAGUUCACUUCUUGAGCAUCUCCUUAAGGAAUGUGGCAUCAUUCGUAAAAUCCUUGAAGCUGAGAAGAAUGUCACAUUAGCAGCAGAUUCUAAUGGGGUAAUUCUCUUCACUGUCAGGAUUACUUUCAGCGCUUUUAUUUUUAUGUGUAGCUUUCUCCGAGUAUUUCGUAUGCUGAGCUUCUGAAAGCUUAGAAAUGCGAGUCUCCUUUAUGUAGCCAACAAAGUCCGCAGAAGGAAGAUCUUCACCAAGAACUGGCAAUAUUGGGCAUAUAACCCGCAUAGCAAACAAGCUUAUUCAGAUGGAGAGCAACAACAGUAUUAUACAAGCACAUUUGCAGGUUUAUUGCUGAUUUCUUCUUCUACGAAUCUUGGAUACUAGUGUAUCGUUGUAUUCUGUUCUUUCGUGGCACCAAUUUUAAAUGUUACGUAUGGUCAGGAAAAUUGAAUCAUGGGUUUUUGUUGUUAUAUACAUUCUUUUUAUUUAUAUAGUUAGACUUACUGAAAUGUCUUGUUCUUUCCAUGGCGAUUCUAGAAUGCUUUUCACCAUGAACAGCUUUCUAUUAAAGUUCGAUAACCUGUUGGCAUGUGAGAAACUUUGUUAGUAGCAGUUUCAAUUUAUCUUCUUAAGCUUCUGAAUUAUUUGCUGCAUUCGUAUUAUCAAAUCACUUAUGAUCUAUAAGAAAAUAUCCCUGUCGUUCUGGUUUUUUUUUUUUUUUGAAAAAAUCUAUUGUGGGCUCUUUGCAUUUUCUUUACUGGUGUAGAUAUUAAUUACUUAUUUUUUUUAUAAAUCAAAGUUAAAGCAUGAAAAAAAUAAUAAAUCGAACUUUCUUAGUAGACAUCUUUUCCAUUUUUGGGAUGGUUCAAGUGAACAGUGCAUUAUUCGUCAGGAUAAUGGUGAAUGGACUGACUGGCAUACCAAUGUCUUACUGAACCGCAAUGCUGUGGAAAAUGUCUACCAAUGGAACUGUGGGUAAGUUUUUUCCCCCUGAUUUUUCUCGCAAUAUUACAUUUCCUCUCUAUUAUUUUCUUCGGAUGAUGCUUAUGUGAUUGUAAAAUUAUUAUUAUUUUUUGGCUCCUACUUUUUAGUUGAGCUGUCUUCCGAAAUACAAAGAAUCUUCUGAUAGAUCAUGACAUGUUCUUGUAUACUCUGGAACUCGAGUAAAGACCCCAAACUUUUUUAUGUUCUUGUGAGGCGAAAUGAGCCUGCUUUUUUUUUUUUUAAUUUUUUUUUUAAAACAAGAGCAUUAUAGUAGAUUCCAUCAAGUAGUAUGCCUUUUAGUUGAAUCGUUGACAGGAGGUCAUCAGAAUGCCCAAUGCGAAGCAAGAUCAGUCUACAGAAAUCCAGUUGAUACCGAUGUUUAAAUCUCAUUGUACAUCUCGCAGCAUGUGAUUGCUAUCUGAUUAUCCAAUUUACAUGUCAACUGGUUUCCUUACCAAACCUUUCCCACAAACUUGGGUUUAAUUUUGAGACUCGGAUGGCAGAAAUGCUCGGUUAGUAAAAAAACUUUGAGGCAGGAUCAUCUAAUUUUGAACUGGUCAACGUUAAGUUCCUUCAGAUAGAACUCAGAAUUGAAGCUCGACAAGCUUGAAUGCUUUGGAAUAUCUGAAGUUCCAGCUGACUGUUCUAUAGACAUUCAUGACAUUCUCCACAGCAACCUCCAUGUCCAUUGAAUCUAUUUGGUGGUUAGUCCCCUAUCCGAAAUAUCAUCGACAGAGCAAUUGCUGGAAGCGGUGAAGAUCUGUGGUGGCCUCUUUUACUUAUUAUUAUUAUUAUUUUUGGCGAGACUUUGGAUCAUAAUCUUGUGUUAGUAUGCUUCUAUAGAAGGUUUGUGAAAUAUUUUUUCCCCUGUUUCUUGGAUCACAUUGGAUAGAUAAAAACCUUCAACUCCAAAACACAUGAUACUUCUCCAUGAAACUGUAUCACUUACUCAUGAGCACUGUGAUACACAUAGAUUUAUCCAUAUCUUUAUAUAUUUAAAAAUAUAUAUACAUAUAUACACGUAGAUUACUUCAUUAGCACUGAUACAUGUAAAUACAUUAUAGUAUAUAUAAAUAUAUAUUUGGGUAAAGAAAAUUCGGGAAAUUCAUGUGUUUUCUUUCAGUUUUGGUCACUCUUCCUCCCAUCCUCCUCACUUGUUCUGCCGUCGUUCAUGUGCUCUUCCUUGCGCAGCCGUCCGUCGGCACUGCAGGACCGCAACAGAGACAGCGACGACGAGGACCCCAGAGACAGAGACUACGACGUUGCGACUCUGGCGAACAACUUGAGCCAGGCCUUCCGCUACGACAUCUACAGCAACGACGACAUGGAGGUAUUCUCUCUUCCUUUCCAUGGCGAUGUGAUGCAGGGAGGCCUGUCAGAUACUGAAGGAUCAGCGUUCUUCAUGCAGGGACAUGGCCCACUCGAGAGAGACGACGAGGUAUCUGUGCCCUGCCCAAUCCCUCCCCCUUCCUGUCGAUAAUCUAUGUUGCCCAUCUAUCUGUACCCACACCACUUCCCCUCUCUCUCCUCACUGCUGGGCCUGCAGGAUGUCUACUUCGACGAUGAGUCCGCGGAGGUUAUCAUCUCUUCCUUGCGUCUGAGAGACGACCACCAAGACAGGUUACUCACCCUUGUUUCUCUCUCCUCCUCCCCCCCCUCUCUCUCUCUCUCUCUCUCUCUCUCUCUGUUUUAUGUCUCUACUGAGAAAGGUUCGUCUUGCAGCGGGUCUCUCUUCACCAACUCCAACUGGUUCACCUUUGAAGACGACCGGGCCGUCCAUGAACAAGCGACCAUCACACUCGGCGCCCCGUCUCCGAGCCCCGGCGAGGGAGACGUUGGCGGUGAAGAUGACGCUGCCGCGGCGGCCCUCGCUGACACGGCGACCUCCGUGCUGCAGCCGCCGCAGCCGGGCUCAUUGGCCGCUGCCACUCUGGAGAAUGGGAUCGCCGAGGAGGAGGCCGGAGAAGAAGACGAUUCACGGCCUGCUCUCCUCGCCGAAGAUGGAAAACUGGCCGAAUGGGUCGAGUGGAGGGAGACGUCGAACCUUGCUGGGCUGCCGGAGAAGGACCCACCGGCUCCUCCAAAGGUGGCGGCACCGGCACCGGCGGACGACAAUGAGGCGGCGCCGCCUGAAAUUUCCCCACCUUCUUCUCCUUCAUCAGGUAAUGACGAUGGGGCCACCAAACCAGCUGCUACCGAGAGCCUGCCCGGAGCCAGCAGCGGCGGCGAUGACCAGGGCUCGCCGGAGUCUCCGCCCAGCGGUGGGGACUCCACCGAGGAGAAGAAGAGGGAGACUGAGGCGGCGCCACGAGCCGAGGGCAGCGGGAGCGCCGCCAAGAAGGCAGGGGAUGAGGCGGAGGAGUGA